AUGACGUCAAGGCCAGUCCUGAUUAGCCCACGGGUCCAGGACAACGUUUCCCACAAUGCCGCGCGGCGCAAGGCGGAAGCAAUGUCCCAAAGAGGAGGAAGUAAGCGGCCAGACCGGGUGACGUGUCCGGUACCUACAGACAUGGCGGCUCAGGGAGAGGUAGACGAGCUUUUUGACGUGAAAAAUAAUUUCUAUAUCGGCAGCUACCAACAGAGCAUCAACGAGGCACAGAGGGUGAAGACUUCAAGUCCAGAAAAAGAAGUAGAAAGGGAUGUAUUCCUAUACAGAGCAUACAUCGCUCAGCGGAAAUAUGGCGUAGUCCUGGAUGAAAUCCGUUCCAAUGCCAACUCAGAAUUGCAGGCUGUCCGAAUGUUUGCUGAUUAUCUCUCCAGUGAAAAUCGAAGAGAUGCUAUUGUCGCAGAGCUGGACAAAAAAAUGUCAAAAAGCGUUGACAUUACCAACACAACAUUCCUGCUGAUGGCAGCUUCAAUUUAUUUCCAUGAUGGCAAUACGGAUGCGGCUCUACGAGCACUUCACCAAGGAGACAGUUUAGAAUGCAUGGCCACAAAAAUCCAAAUACUGCUGAAACUUGAUAGGCUUGACUUAGCCAGAAAGGAAUUGAAGAAAAUGGUGGAUUUGGAUGAAGAUGCAACACUAACACAGCUGGCAACAGCUUGGGUCAACAUUGCCACAGGUGGAGACAAGUUGCAAGAUGCUUUUUACAUCUUCCAAGAGAUGUCAGAAAAAUACUCCUCUACCCUGCUUUUGCUGAAUGGACAGGCAACUUGUUACAUGGGUCAAGGCAAGUGGGAGGACGCAGAAGGCGUCCUGCAAGAAGCUUUGGACAAGGAUAGCAACCAUCCAGAAACACUGAUCAACUUUAUCAUCCUUACUCAGCAUGUUGGUAAACCUCCAGAGGUCACCAACCGUUACCUCUCUCAACUAAAGGAUGGACACCGAAAUCACCCUUUUAUAAAAGAAUUUCAGGCAAAGGAGAAUGAAUUUGACCGCCUAGUCCUGCAGUAUGCCCCCAGUGCAUGAAGCUGAUAAUGUUAUUGUAUAUUACCUUGGAGAUCCUGGCAGUAAGGCAGAAUAAGGAAAUACCAAAUUCAAACUUUUCUAAUGAAAAAUGUAUUCAUUGUACAUUGAGUUAUCAAAGAAAACCUCCUUAUUGAGCAGAUUUUUUUUUCUCAGAUUAAAUAUGACAUUCUACACUUGUUAUGCUCACAUAUAAGUAGCUCUCAGGCUUCAGUAUGUAGAUCUCUGAAAAACUGCAAUGUUAUUGUACUGUCAAAUGGCCAGAAUCACUCCCCGAUAUUCUGUUCUGUUGACAUUCCUAAUAAAAGUAUUUUCAUUUCUUGA